AUGAUUACAAGUAAACUCGUAGCUGUCUUCCUACUAGUACUCCUAAUCUGUCUAACCGCGCAUUCGAACCCGGUGCAGCCUCUGGUAAAUGAUGGACUGAAGAACGACCCUUCCCCCUUAAUCACAAACGAAACUGAAGCCUGGGAAUGGGUGGCUAGAAUUAACCCUGAGUAUGAGAAGUUUCAGUCAGAGAAGGUAGAGGCCGAUUGGAACCAUAGUACCAACCUGACCGAACACAACGCUAAGAUUAGUGUGGAGAAAAAGCUUCAACUGACCAACUUCACGAAGCGUUUAGUUUCAGAAGCCAUGGAGUUUGAUUGGAAGAAUUUUAAAGACCCAAAACUGAAGAGAUUAUUUGCCUCGAUGGUUAAAAGGUAUCUGAACCUCUGUGAGUUCAAAAUAAGCAGAAUGUACCAGUUAAACGCCGAGAUGAGAGCUCUCUUUGGAAAGGCGAAAGUUUGCAACAAAACGAAUGAACCGCCAAACAAAUGCUUCGUCGUUGAUCCAGAUUUAGAAAAAAUAAUGUCGAAAUCGAAUGACACUGAGGAAAUAUUGUGGGCGUGGAAAGGAUGGCGAGAUGAGACCGGGAAGAAAUUUAAGGACUUGUAUGAGGAGUUUGUCGGCUUGUACAACGAGUCCACGCUAUGGAUUGGCUACAAAGACGCUGGCGAGUACUUACGCGAUGUUUACGAGACUCCGACGUUCGUUGACGAUCUCGCGGAGCUCAUGCGAGAGAUUCAGCCCUUCUACAGAGAACUCCACGCGUACGUCAGGCGCAGGCUGAUGGCCCAAUACCCCAAUGUUAGUUUCCCAACUCAAGGUCAUAUACCGGCACAUUUGCUAGGUAACAUGUGGGCACAAACUUGGGAGAACCUUGAACCUCUGUUACGCCCAUUCCCAGAUCGUCCUAGCGUCGAUUUCACUGACGAACUGAUCAAGCAGAACUACACGGCGUUGAAACUUUUCCAACUCUCCGAUGAGUUCUUCAAAUCUCUCGGUCUCAUUCCCAUGCCAGAUCCAUUCUGGCAGAAGUCCAUGAUAGUCAGGCCGGCUGACCGCGAGGUGGUGUGUCACGCUUCAGCCUGGGACUUCUACAACAAGAAAGAUUUCAGAAUUAAACAAUGUACAACCGUAAAUUCUCGCUACUUUCUUACAACACACCACGAGAUGGGUCACAUACAGUACCAUCUGCAAUACCAGAACCAACCGAUACAGUUCAAAAGCGGAGCUAAUCCAGGUUUUCACGAAGCGGUUGGCGAUUUGAUAUACUUAUCGACCGUUACUCCGGAAUACCUGAAAAGUGUUGGACUCUUGGAGAAUUUCGUUGAUGAUGAAGGUGGGGAUUUGAACUUCCUAAUGAACCAGGCUCUGAGCAAGGUGGCCUUCCUUCCGUUUGGGUACAUGAUCGACCAAUGGAGGUGGGGGGUUUUCUCGGGACAUACCCCAAAGACACUAUAUAACAAAAGAUGGUGGGAGAACAGAUGUAAGUACCAAGGAAUCUACCCGCCCGUAAAGAGAACUGAGCAUGAUUUUGACGCUGGCUCAAAAUUUCACGUUCCAAAUAACACUCCCUAUAUUAGAUAUUUCGUAGCCCAUGUUAUUGUGUUUCAAUUUCACGAAGCCCUCUGCAAAGCGGCCAACAACACAAGGCCUUUGCACAGAUGCAACAUCGCCAACUCGAAGGAAGCUGGGCGAAAGCUGGCUGACGUUUUAAAGUUGGGAUCAUCGGAACCAUGGCAGAUACCAUUUAAAAAGCUAACAGGGGUGGAGAAGAUGUCUGCCAAUGCAUUGCUGAACUAUUUCAAGCCCUUAAUUGAUUGGCUGAAGAAACAGAAUGAGGGAGAGAAAGUGGGGUGGACUGAAGAAUGCCCGCCUGAGUCUUUUGAAUGAAUGAAUAAAUGAAUGAAAGAAUGCAUGAAUGAAUGGAUAACUAAAUAAAAUGAAUAAAUAAAAAAAAUUCCUGAAAAAUAUAAAAUAAACAAAAGAUUGAGAGUGAACCUCUACUCAACUGAUAGAUAGAUUUUGUCGAGUUAAUAAAAAUAUAAAUUUUAGCCUAAAA